AUGAAUAUGAGGCCAAAGUGGAGUGUUGGUCUAUCAGGUGCAUUACACCAAGCACCUGCAGACCUCAGCCACCAGGAUCCCCUUCUCCACCAACACGGGUCGCAACCCACGGCAAACAGGUUGCUCCAUUUAGUCGCCUCUUACGACAAGCAAGGAGGUGCCAGGGACCUAUUCUUAUCACCCCGGGUCCCCACAGGGGUUCAUUUUCGAGUAUACGUGCUUAAGAACUCUAACAGUGGUUCUAAUUUGCUCAGUCGAAGUGUCGCACACCGUAUGGAACUCGUUAUGAAAAUCGAGGAAAUUCGGGAUGUGUUUGGUACACAUGGAUGCGUUAAGGGCCCACCCGUGAAGAUAACACUUAAGCAAGGAGCCACACCAUAUUGCGUUACGACAGCUCGCAGGAUUCCAUUUCCAUUGAUGCCCAAGGUCGAGGCCGAACUAAAUCGCUUGGAGAACGCUGGAAUCAUUGCGAAAGUCACAGAACCGACUGAUUGGUGCGCACCCAUCGUUACAGCAUUCAAGAAAAACGGGGAUGUUCGCUUGUGUGUGGACCUUAAGAAACUAAACCAGGCAGUCAAACGUGAACAUUAUAUGUUACCCAACUUGGACGACAUUGCCCCAAAGCUGUGCAAGGCUACAGUCUUUUCGAAACUUGAUGCUAGUAGUGGGUUUCACCAGAUACCUCUAGAUCCAGAGAGUUGUCACCUUACUACCUUCAUAACCCCGUUUGGACGGUACUGCUUUCAGCGGGUUCCAUUUGGUAUAACGUCAGCCCCUGAAAUAUUUCAGCGUCGUAUGUCAGAGAUAUUAGCAGAUAUUACCGGAGCGGACGCCAUAAUGGACGAUAUCAUCAUAUAUGGGAGUACGGUGGAGGAACAUGAUGAGCGUCUGGACCGCGUGUUGGACCGUAUCAAGGAAGUUGGUCUGAAACUCAAUAAGAAGAAAUGCGAGUUCAGGAAACAGAGUAUUGAAUAUUUUGGACACAUGAUUAGUUCAGAUGGCAUCAGUCCAUGUCCAGAACGUGUGCGUGCAAUACGUGAGUUGGCUGCACCAACAAAUGUGACUGAACUUAAGAGAAUUCUUGGAAUGGUGAAUUAUCUCGGUCGAUUUUUACCAAACCUUUCUACGGUUAUGCACCCCCUUACUGAUCUUUUGAAGAGUGACUCGGUAUGGAUAUGGGACAACCCCCAGGAAGAGGCCUUCAAAAGAGUGAAGGAUAUGCUAACAGAAACACAUGCAUUAGCCUUCUACAGUUCCUCAAAGCCAGUUGUGAUUAGUGCAGAUGCCAGCAGUUAUGGCCUAGGAGCCGCUAUAUUUCAGCAGUUUGAUGGUCAACUUAAACCUAUUGCGUUUGCAUCGAGGACACUGUCACCGGCAGAAACCAAAUAUGCACAGAUAGAGAAGGAGUGUUUAGCAUCUGUAUGGGCCUGUGAGAAGUUCGAGCGCUACAUCAUUGGACUCGACUCAUUCAAGCUCAUCACUGAUCACAAACCUCUCGUUCCGCUCAUUAACACUCAAGCUCUAGAUAAGACACCUGUGAGAUGUCAGAGACUUUUGAUGCGCUUACGCCGAUUUAAUCCAAUGGCAGAACAUGUGCCAGGGAAAAAUCUUGUGGUUCCCGACACUCUUUCCAGGAGUCCGCUAACUGGAAACGCUGAGGAUACAGAAGAGGAAGUCAAUCUCUAUGUCGACUGUGUUAUACAGAAUAUUCCGAUAUCGGACCAACGACUAGAGUGCAUUCGAUUAGCAACAGCAGAUGAUCCAGAGUUGUCUGAAGUUUUGAAGAAGACUCAGAACUGGUGGCCAGACCAUGAGAGAUCACUGAAAGCAGAAAUCCGACCAUACUUUUCCGUAAGAUCCGAACUGUCUGUCUGGAAGGGAAUUCUAAUGUACAGAGACCGAAUUGUUAUUCCUGAGGCUCUUAGACCAGAAACAUUGCAAGACAUACAUUCAGGACACUUAGGUCUGAACAAGUGCCGAGAACGCGCACGAGGAGCCAACCGAGAACCGUUGAAGACUACAAUCCUUCCAGAUCGUCAGUGGCAAAAGAUAGUUGCAGAUCUGUGUGAGCUGCAGGGUAGACAUUUCCUAGUAGUUACAGAUUAUUUCUCUCGUUAUCUGGAAAUUGCGUAUCUGGAUUCUUUGACUAGUGCUCAUGUAAUUGGAAAACUCGAGAACAUAUUGGCUCGUUGGGGUAUUCCAGAGGAAUUGGUAGCCGACAACGGCACCCAGUUUACAUCAGACGCUUUCAAGAAGUUCGCAGCUAAGUACGGGUUCGCGCAUACAACCACUAGUCCUCACUACCCGCAAGCAAACGGCGAGGCGGAGAGCGCUGUUAAGACCGCGAAGCGUAUAUUACAGCAGGAUGACAUCUUUAUUGCGCUUAUGGCGUACCGUUCAACGCCUAUCUCAACCACAGGAGCCAGUCCAGCGGAACUCAUCAUGGGACGUAGGAUUCGAACCGUUGUUCCAGUCAAACCGUCUUCACUAGCACCAAAGUGGCCAGACUUGGACCAAGUGAGGAGACAGGACGCACAAACGAAGGAAACUUCAAAAUAUCAUUAUGACAACCGAUAUGGGGUUAGGAAACUCCACCCGCUUGGACCCGGAGACCAAGUUCGCAUCAAGACCGACAAAGAGAAACAGUGGACAGAUAGUGGCACGAUCACUAGCACAAAUUACAAAAUUCGAUCAUACCUAGUGGAAACUGAUCAUGGAAUAUUGAGGAGAAAUCGGAGGCACUUGCAGCAUACUGGAUACGUGAACACCGAAUUGCCACAUACCAACAACGAGCUUCUAUCUGAAAGCGAUGAUGAAGGAAUCACGAAUUUUGAGAUGCUUCAAGCUGUUACUUCGUGCGUCGGUGAUGCGGUGAAAUGCAUUCAAUUAGACCGAGAUUUGUGGCGAAUAUAUCUGACCAAUGCCCACAGCAGAAGUAAAAUUCUACUGGAAGGUUUCGAUUUUAAAAAUCAGCAUAUAUCUCCAUACGACACAAAUCCGUACUCCGCUGGCCUGGAAGGUCCAAGAGAUCAAGCUUUAAAAGUAACAAUAUGUGGUGUUCCCCUAUCUGUGGACGACUCAGCGAUACACGAGAUGUUAAAUAAACUAGGGGUUUCGCCGAAAAGUGAUCUUAAGUAUGAAAAGAUCCGUAACCCGACCAACAACAAAAUGACCAACGUCCUGAAUGGGAACCGGUUCAUCAACAGCGGGCCUACAAGCGGCAAGAACAAUAAGAAUGAAUGA